UUCUCUACGCUUAUGAACCAUGGAGAGAUUUUACAACAGCUUUGUGCCGUACCAAAAGUUCUUCGAGUUCCCCGUUCUGAAUCGGUACAAGAUGUAACAGGCAAUUAUAGACCCUAUGACCGACAUCGGCCUCUGUGGCUAUCUGAAAAGUAUGAACGACCUCUUAGAUACAGAAAUCCAGCACCUUAUAAAUUCGAAAGGAACAAACAAAUGGCAGAACAUUAUUGGCGCGAUCAGUACUAUUUUACUUCUCCAUUGUAUAAUCGUACGAGUAUACCACACCGUCCAUUUCAAAGUGAAUAUGGCUCCCAUAUCUAUACAUAUUGGGCUCGUUAUAAUGGAUAUGGAUAUGAUAGAAAUCACCCAGCAUUUUAUCGACGCUAUUUUAAUCCAUUUGAUGAUUAUUUUGGCUAAAU